GAGAGAGAGAGAGAGAGAGAGAGAGAGAGAGAGAGAGAAUGGCAAAGGUGUUUGAAGAAGAGCAGCUGUGUGUAAAGGUAGUAGUGGAGGCUCCUGAAAGCGUGUUCGAAGAAGGGAAGCUGAAUGUAAAGGUAUUGGAGGCUCCUGAAAGCUCAUCACCUCCAAAACCUCUGUUAAUCAGCACUCCAACAGAAGCAGGAGAAUAUCCAGUGUUGGUUUUCUUCCAUGGCUUUUGUCUCACCAACAGCUGCUACUCUGCCAUCUUCCAACACGUCGCUUCUCACGGCUACAUCGCAGUUGCACCUCAGUUGUAUUCCCUCUGCGACGGUUUGAUCUGCAACCUCACCUCUGCAAAUAAUGAGAUCAAAGCAGCUUCUGCAGUCCUCAACUGGUUAUCCCAAGGCCUGCAAUCUUCCCUCCCAAACAACGUCCAAGCAAACAUACUCAAGCUCGCUAUCGCUGGCCAUAGCCGAGGUGGCCGGGCCGCCUUCUCCAUCGCACUUGGCAAUGGUCAGACCUCACUCAAAUUCUCCCUCCUGAUGGGCAUCGACCCUGUCGCCGGAACCAGCGAAGGACACCAACUCGAUCCCCCAAUCCUCACCUACGUCCCACGCUCUUUCGACGUCGGUGGGAUCCCAGUUCUGGUGGUCGGGACGGGCUUGGGAGAGCAAAAGAAGUGCCCCUUGUUCCCUGCUUGCGCACCCAAAGGCUUGAACCACAAGGAAUUCUACAAUGAAUGUGAGCCGCCGCGUUUUCAUUUGGUCGCGACCGAGUACGGCCACAUGGACAUGUUGGAUGAUAAAAUACCAAUAGGAUUGGAUUCGUUGGCCCGCUGCGCUUGCAAGAAUGCUAAGAAGAUAGAGCCCAUGAGGAGAUUUGUAGGUGGGAUUAUGGUUGCAUUUCUCAAGGCCUACUCCGACGGUGACAGCAGCUACCUCAAUGCUAUUCUAGCUGACCCUUCCAUUGCACCAGUUGAGCUUAAUCCGGUAGAGUAUGAUAAAGAAUAGAAGGUUUGGGGUGUGUUUGGUUGCACGAAAUAUUGUGAAAUUUCAUGAUAUCUUGCGCCAAAUUAGACUGAUCAAUCAUGAAAUAUCUUGAUAUUUGGUGAAACCAAACGCUAGAUGAUGAUCUAGACCAUUGGUCUUUUGCACCCGGUGGUGGAUGGAACAUGGACCAAAAGUCUCCUUGGUAGGACAAUCGAUACCUUUCAUUUUGAACAAAUAUCAGUGGCUGGGACUUUAUGGUCAAUCCAUGGUCGGAUGCAACAGACCAAUGGUCUGGAUUGUCGAUCCACAGGCCCCACUUGUACAGGUUUCCUAUCAAGUAGCUACGGUGGGAAGGAGGUAGCUUCUUCUAGGGUUAAUUUGCUCAACCACUUGUGUUGCUGGAUGAGUUCAUUUAUCAUUUGGGCUUAUUUAAUGCUUCUGUAUUAAGGGUAAACCUUGUGUGAAUGUGAGAUAUAUUUCCUUUGAUUUUCCUCUCGUUUGGUAAGAUUGAAAUGUGGAAUAAGAUUUCUUAUGAAGUAUUUGUUAGUAA